AUGACACAACGCCUAAAGCUCAACAGCAGCAACCUCUCCGCUAUUGCGUCACAGCAGGGAGACCAGAAGGUCAAGGUCCCCUCCUACGACCGCAAGUCCCUCAAGGAGGGCAUUGUCCACGUCGGAGUCGGUGGUUUCCACAGAGCCCAUUUGGCCGUCUACGUAGACAAUCUGCUCGAGAAGCACGGUGAGCGCGAUUGGGCCAUCUGCGGUAUCGGCCUGCGACCCAACGAUGCCGCCAUGCGCGAUGUCCUCAACGCCCAAGACCACCUCUACACAGUCAUUGAGCGCUCUGCAAAGGGCAGCUUCGCCGACGUCGUCGGCAGCAUCAACUCCUUCAUUUUCGCUCCCGAUGACCGUGAGGCCGUCAUCGCAAAGAUGGCUCAUCCCGAUACACACAUUGUGUCUCUGACUAUUACUGAGAGUGGCUACUACUACAACGAGAACACCCAUCAAUUGAAGGACGACCACCCCGACAUUCAGCACGAUCUUAAGCCCGAGAACGAGAACGCCCCCAUUAGCACUUUCGGCUUCCUCUACGCCGCUCUGGCCAGACGUCACGCUGAGGGCCGCAAGCCCUUCACCGUCCUGUCAUGCGAUAACAUGCAGAAGAAUGGAACCAUCACCCGCAAUAUGCUCACAUCUUUCGCCAAGCUCCGCAACCCUGAGCUUGCCAAGUGGAUCGACGAGGAGGGUGCUUUCCCCAACGCCAUGGUUGAUCGCAUCACCCCCAGCACCUCUGAGAACGACAUCAAGUCGCUCGCUGAGAACUUCGGUAUCGAGGAUGCUUGGCCCGUUGUCACCGAGCCUUUCAUGCAGUGGGUCGUUGAGGACAAGUUCGCGGAUGGCCGCCCUCCAUUCGAGAAGGUCGGUGUCCAGGUUGUCCAUGAUGUGCACGACGUCGAGCAGUUUGAGAAGCACAAACUCCGUCUUCUCAACGCGAGUCACUCCGCCAUGGCUUACCCCGGACAGCUUGCUGGCUUCAAGUACGUUCAUGAGGUCAUGGAGCACCCCAUCUACCGCAAGUUCGUCUGGCAGAUGAUGCAGGAGGAGGUCAAGCCUCUUCUCCCCGAGAUUCCAGGCGUCGACAUCGAUCAGUACUGCAACACCCUCAUGGAGCGAUUCUCCAACCCCACCAUCAUGGAUCAGAUUCCCCGUGUCGCUCUCAACGCCUCCGGCAAGAUCCCUCAGUUCAUCAUGCCCUCCAUUGCCGAGAACAUUUGGGUUACUGGCCCCUUCCGCCGCUUGUGUUUCGUCGCUGCUGGCUGGUUCAUCUACAUCAACGGAGUCGAUGACAAGGGCAACACCUUCGAGGUUGACGAUCCCAUGCGCGAGAAGCUUCAAGCUCUGGCCAAGGAGGGUGGCAAGGAUCCCCGCUCUAUUCUCAGCGUCCGAGAGCUGUUCGGUGAUGAUUUGCGAGGCGACCAGCGCUUCCUGGACGAGGUGACCAAGGCCAUGGAGCUCAUCACCAAGGAUGGUGUGAUGGAGACCAUCCCCAAGUAUGUCAACUAA